GCUGUUCUGCUCGGAUGUGAGAGGCUUCCUGCUGCAAGACUUCAUGGAUUAUUAUAACUCAUAGGCGUGUUUUAGUGUAUAACCUGGUGUGUCCUGUAGAGAAGGAUUGCUGCAGGUGUUUCUCUGUUUGACUCGAUUGUAUGGUUUGUGCAGCAUGGAAGCUAUCAUGCUGUACAUUGUGUCGCUACAAGAAGCAGAUUUUAAACUCGAAUCGAUCAGCUGGAUGGAGGCCUUUUUCAACGAGUGGCUGUGGAAGGAGGAGUACUGGCUUCCUCCUGGCAUCAGCUGGCAGGACACUGAGAUGAAGGAGGAGGAGGGACGCUUUCCUCUGCCCAGGGAUCUGCUCUUCAGUUUGCCCCUGGCCGUCGCCUUCAUCGCCCUCAGAUAUGUCUUCGAGAGGCUCUUCGCAGACCCGUUGAGGAAACUCUUCGGUGUGGAGGAACGGGUUCGGAUUCGAGUCGUUCCCAUCCCGAAGCUGGAAACCUUUUACUCACAGAACACCCGGUUACCUUCACAAAGUGACGUGUUGAGCCUGGGGAAGCAGAGUGGUCUCUCUCAGAGGAAGAUUCAGACCUGGUUCAGACACCGGAGGAACCAGGACCGACCCAGCAGGACCAAGAAGUUCUGGGAGGCCACCUGGCGUUUUGUCUUCUACCUCGCAUCCUUCACUGGGGGGCUCGCCUCUCUAAUUAAUACUUCCUGGUUCUGGGAUCCCAGCGAGUGUUGGAGAGAUUAUCCCAAACAGCCUGUGGCCGACGCUCAUUACUGGUAUUACAUGUUGGAGAUGAGCUUCUAUCUGUCGCUGCUUCUGUGCGUCUCUGUGGACGUCAAGAGAAAAGACUUUAAGGAGCAGGUCAUCCAUCACAUCGCCACCAUUUUCCUCAUCGGUUUCUCCUACUGUGCAAACUUUGUGAGGGUGGGCACUCUGGUGAUGCUGCUGCACGACUCGUCCGACUUCAUCCUGGAGUCUGGCAAGAUGUUCCACUACGCGGGCUGGUCGUGGCUGUGCGACCCCAUGUUCAUCGUCUUCGCUCUGGUCUUCAUGCUCACCAGGCUGGUGGUGUUUCCCUGCAGAGUGAUCCACACCACCUUGGUGCUCUCCAUGGACUUCUUCCAGCCCUUCUUCGGGUAUUACUUCUUCAACGCGCUGCUCUUGGUGCUGCAGGCUCUGCAUGUCUUCUGGGCGUACCUCAUCCUGCGCAUGAUCUGGAAGUUUGCCUUCAUGGGCAAGGUGGAGCGUGAUGAGCGUAGCGACGAGGAGAGCGAGCCGGACGACGAUGAAGAGGAGGAGCAGGAGGAAGAGAGCGGCUGGGAGCAAAGGAAAGGAACGAUGAACUCCAAACUGGCGUCGCUCGCUGACAACUGCGUCCUGAACAACCUGACCAACCAGAGGAGCAUCAGCCGGCUGCCCAAAGCCAGAUAGUGGAGGAAAGUAUACAUGAUUUCCCUUAAAGUCUACUGGAGAUAUUAUCAUUUCUGACAUAUUGAUACACUUGGCGUGUGUACGUCCAACAUGGUCCACCGAUGAUUUCAGAUCAAAGUAGGUCUGCAUCCUGCUCAUUUAAAAGGGUUUUAAAUAGGACGAAGAAGCACUAUGAUUGUAAAUCUCAGGAUGAGGUUAGGAGGAAACACCAUCUUUACACACUGUAUACUAGAAAAAUAUAUUUGGAGAAAUGUCCUUUACAGAAAAUAAUUUUCUUUCGCCAAUUUAUGAAAUUUAUUAUCAAAUUUAUUUUUGAGUGCCACAGUGACGCGUCCUAAAACCUGGAAGUAAACUCCUUCCGGUUCCUUCGACAAAAACCAAUGCAAUUA